GACAACCUCGCGCUCAGCACGCACCAGUAGGACCUUGACUCUGACCAGUGCGUCUUUUUAUCCGUGGUACAGCAAUUUACUCCGAGUUCCGUUCAAUACCUGCUGAAAAGGUCUCACCGGAAAAACUCGAAGAACUGUUCGGACUCCGAUCCAAUACGACCCCCUCAGACCCGGUUCUUUCCUCUCGCGGGAUUUGAAGACCAGCGACCCGGUUCUGGUUCCUCCCCUUGGUGUCCCCAGGGUCCCGUAUCUGGCCCCGAGAUGCGAUCUCUUCUCCCGCUCACCGUGUAUUGCAUCAGCCUUCUCACCCUCCAGCCGCAUUCACUUCAGGCUGUGCCGGUCGCAGAUCACCCUGUCACGGACAGAUCAGACCUCCUUCAGAGGCAGGGUGUCCAGUCCGACACGGAGGCCCUGGUUCCAGAGGCCUCCGCGGUGGACGUCUCCCCCGCCACGCCGUCUCCCGCCGUCCGCCGCCCCUUGGAAUCGCUGGCGGAAUCCCUCAAGCGCGUGGCGUCCUCCAACGCCAGAGCGGCGGUGUCGAGUCUGGCGUGGGCGCGACCGGACUCGGGUCGCCGGAUCCUUCGCCGGUCGCUGAGAACCCGCCGGAACGCCCAUCACCGCCAGCACCACCGCCACCACCACCACCACAACUCGCCGCACAGCAAGUCCAACAAGGACGGCUGCCCCCUGGGCACCUGCUCGGUACACAACCUCAGCCACCGGCUCUACCAGCUCAUUGGCCAGAGUGGCCGAGAAGACUCCCCCAAGGUGAACCCCAUGAGCCCCCAUAGCUUCGGAUGAUCCCGGGCUGCGGGUCCUCCCUUUUCAAACGCCUACAGCUACAGUCUGUUCGUAUCUCCAGAUAUUUAUCUCUUAAUGUAUUCCGAUAGCCUUUUGCAUUUGAAGCCCGGCGUAGUCUGCAGCCCAUGUAUUCCUAUGAAAUGACUCAAACCGUUGUGGUCAUCUCGCUCCUCCCCAGUUUUUCGUAAAGGACCAAUUUUUAAGCCGUUCCAAAGCUGCUCCUGGACUCCGCUCACCCCCGUGUGAAUUCACACCUUUCCACUGAUGUUUAGCUCUCGUUGAAGUCUCUUCAUCACUCUCAAGGACAUCAGAAGGCCUCCAGUGACUCUAAUCCUGUUAACGAAAUUAAGCUUGGCCGCCAUUCGUUCUCUCACUCCAAAUUGCUGCCCCCCCACCUUCAAAAUAAUCUCUGCUGACCUCUUCGUCGCUGGGUCAGCAGCUCAUGGUUCAUUGAUCAAAAAAGUAAACAUCACCCCCCCCCCCACACACACACACCCACACACACAUAGCCUCCUCCUCCUCCUUACCCCUGAAUGUGUAUUUCAACAUGGAGUAGCAUUUGGAGGGUUUGCCAUGACCUACAUAUUCCGAAGGAUCUGCGUUUUUCUCCAGAUUCCAAACUAACCCGUUACCUCGUGAACUGUUCACAUCCCGACUGCACCCGUCUCUCUACUCCAGGGGAAUCAUCUGGACUAUCUGUGAUGUUACUUGUUUUCUGACCAAACCCACUGCUCAAUGCAACCCUGACGAGUUCAGACUCAUCAGCAUUCAUCAGCCCUCAUCAGCAGUCAUCAGGACUUUCAUCAGGACUAUGGUUCAAAAUGUUCCACUUGGCAGUGACUGUUAUGACGGCCGACAGAAAAAAGGCAACACAAAUCAUAUUUUUAGUAUUUUUUUUUGGCACGGCCUUGACACUCAAUCUCAGAACGUGCUCCCAUGGUAUCACUUUCCCAGUUGCCCUGCGACGGUGGACUGGCCAGCGCAACAGGUGGCAAAGUGGGCCGAAGGACAUGGAUCACUGCGAUCCCUGCACCUCCGCCGGUGUGUCCGUGCUCUUGAGCAAACGGAGCCUGACAUAUUACCCCCGGACCCCCCUUUCACGUGCUUCAUAAGUGCCUCCUGUAAGUUGGGAAUUAAAAGGUUGACGGAGGUUUAAUAAUAACUAAUCGCAUCACUUCAGUCAUAUGUACCGCCAUAGCAGUGGGGGAUAAGGCGGGGUGCCAGACCCCACAUACCCCCCCCCCCCCCCUCCCCCACAUGCCCCCCCCCCCCCCCCAGCCAUUCCUGCUUAUCGCACAGUCGAUUCACUCACAAUUACUCUCUGCUAUGAAGUCAUUUGGGAGACGCUUUUAUUCCAUGAAACUUGAUGUGAACUCAGAUGUGAAUCCAGAUACUGGUCAUGGUCUGAAACAGGUCAGGGGUUAGGAUUGCUUUAGGAUGCUUACCGAUAGGCUGAAAGAGACCUUUGAGGUUGAACAGGGGAGUCUGAAAACCCUAGCUAGCCCAGUUACUAGACUAUGCCGGACCAAUGGCUUUUUAUCUUCUGGGGAGGUGACAAUUGUUAGUUUUACUUAUUACUUAAUAAUAAUACUUUUUAAGGAGUGAAAUGUGACACAAACAAUCAUGCUUGACAUCCGUUAGACGUGUGUUAGUGACCGUUAGUGACACAAAGUUACAAGGGAGAUUUCGAAUGAAAGACUGAGGCUGACCAAAAUGUUGGGAGUGAAGCGGUAAAAUACCAUUACACUGUAAAAAAACCUUAGUUACAUAAUAUUCGUCGUUAUAUUAGAAAAUGAUGGGUGGGUGAUUGCACAACAAUAGUCCCCUCAACACACUUACCAAACUACGAACUUAAAGAACAUACUUCCAUAAAAAACUGUUUUAAUUUGAGAGACAGAAUCUAGGCCUAUUUUAAACAUUAUAAAUAUAAAUGACUACUUCAGGCUAAUCUGGGGGUUGCCUGCUGGCUGCAGUUUAAAGUUUUUUAGUAUGAAUGUAGGAUAACGUUGGAUAUUUUAGAAGAGUCUCCGGGACAUUUAAUUAAGUUGAUUUCGUAGUGUUUCAUUGAUUGAGUAGUCUCAGACUAUCUGAUUGGUAGUUUCCCCUCGGAUAUGUCUUUAAGGACAUGACCUUUAAUAACUCUUCAAACUUCAAACCAAAUACCUGAUAAGACUUGACUUGAAGUAAUUGCAUUGUUUGAUCUACUGCGCACUGUAAGACAAUGUACGCAUCUAUCUACUUGGUAGCAUCAUUAUAUUUAUCGUUUGUGUCUUAGCAUACUUGGGCAUGGUGGCAGGCCUCUUGGGCGGUUUCUUCUUUAGGGUUUAGUUAUUUCUUAAUCUCUCUUUCUUAUGUUCCCCUGUCGUUUAAUCUAGGGACUGUCAGGUCACAGGUUCACAAUAUUUUUAAUCUGUUCAAAGGGCUUGCAGCAGAGAAAAAUACAUGAACUGUGCCAUUCUCCCUCUCUUUAUUCUGUAACGGAGAUAAUCCCCUGAAAGGAUCAUUAAAAAGGCUUUGCAAAUGUAUAAAAAAAACAACCCUGGGUGGAUCUCUGUACUUCUUCUACAUCACACACGCACGUUACCGAGGCCCCGGGAUUGCGUUUGUGUCGCCGUGUGUGCAUGUGCGCCUGCACCACGCCAGGUGUAACUUAUCUGCCCUCGCUGUGUUUGAUUUACUGUGGAUUUCAUAUGUUGCCCCAACCAACCCCUUCACCUUGUGUGCGGAUACUGUCUAUGUGUAUAUUGAGUCUUUCUGUGCGUCUCGGUGAUGGAAUUUGAACACAGCAUUUGCGUCAUUGGGGCCGCCAGACCAGUGCUCAGGUCGUUCUGUUUACCUGGACAUCAGUGUUAGGUAGCUACAAUGUUAGCUAACGCCGAUCGCUAGCUCUGUCCCCACCUUAUGCCACGAACGCCUCAUAUCUGCAUGUGUAUGAAAGUGUAUGGAAAAAACGAGAAGAAAAUUAACAAUAUCGCUGCCUUUUGUUCAGAGAGUCCAAGGAAAGAGGUUUAUAUUAUAUAAAUAUGAAAGUAUGUCUUGGGUGUACUUUUUCGAUAAAAUAUUUAUACUGCUGUACUCCAUUUUUCAUUCCUCCCCUUCACGCAUUUUUCCAUUUGGAGGUCAGUGAGGUACCCCACCUUUGAUAGGUCAGCAGAAAGCACUUUAUUGCGUGUGUAGGUCUUUUAUUGUCGCACAACUUGAAUUGUAAGUCAUUGUGAAGUUGAACCUGUGAAGUGCAGCCAGACGAAGACUUCUGUUGUUUGGGAUCAACCCGGUUGUGUCUCAAUAUUUCCUUUGUGCUCUCCUUGAUUGUGAAAAUAUUGUGCACCAGUUUAUAAAUAUAUAUAUAUUCCAUCGUACUAUUUAAAGAAAAAUUAUGCAUUUAAGUUAUCUUUGUAUUUUAUUUUAUUUUAUUUGACCAAUUAUUUAUCCUAUGUUUUGUCAAUAACUAGUAAUAAGAUGUUAUGUUAGUUAUUAAAAAAAUUAACUGUAGUAAAUGUUACUGUUUGAUGUUAUUCAGGUCCUGUGAAAUAAAGAAGUAAAACGGUA